AUAAUCCAGGACCAACAUCGUCAACUGGUACAAUACUUAAAACUAGUCCAAUGAUACGUGAUUUUGUACAAAGUGUUGAUGAUCGUGAAUGGCAAUCAUCAUUAUUUGGUUUAUUACAAAGUCAAACUUAUAAUCAAUGUGAAGUUGAUUUAUUUGAGCUAAUGUGUAAAGUACUUGAUCAAAAUUUAUUUUCACAAGUUGAUUGGGCGAGAAAUUCUGUAUUUUUCAAAGAUCUCAAGGUUGAUGACCAAAUGAAAUUACUUCAACACUCUUGGUCGGACAUGCUGGUGCUUGAUCAUCUACAUCAAAGGUUACACAACAAUUUGCCAGACGAGACAACACUUCAUAAUGGCCAAAAAUUUGAUCUUCUAUGUCUUGGUUUACUUGGUGUACCUUCUCUAGCUGAUUUAUUUAAUGAUUUAUCAUUAAAACUACAAGAACUUAAAUUUGAUCUGUCUGAUUAUAUUUGUGUUAAAUUUUUGAUGCUACUAAAUCACGAUGUACGUGGAUUGGUCAAUAAAAAACAUGUACAAGAAGGACAUGAACAAGUACAACAGGCGCUUCUUGAUUAUUGCAUCACGUGUUAUCCAUCAAUACCAGAUAAAUUCAACAAAUUGCUGGCAGUAUUACCGGAAAUUCAUGUUGUUGCAAGCAGGGGUGAGGAUCAUCUCUAUCAAAAGCAUUGCAAUGGUGGUGCACCAACUCAAACGUUACUCAUGGAAAUGCUUCAUGCUAAAAGAAAAUGAAAAUUUAAUUUAAUCUAUCUCGUAAGUCCCGGUUAUAAACCUCACACUAAUUACAAGAUGUACCUAAAGGGAAUAACAACAAGAGCACCAAUAAUUUAUAUAUUUAAUUUUUUUUUUUUUUCUCUCCAGUCAAUGGACCAAGUUUACAAACAAAACACAAAAAAAUUAAAUUAAUUAAAUUGACUCUUAAAUUCCCUGAAUUUUUUCUCUACAAAAAUAAUUGAAAUAAUUUUAAAGCUAAAAUUACGACAAUUUUUUUUAGAGAAAAAUCUAAACGAAAACGACAAAAAAAAAGAUUAAUCUAUUAUUGUAAAAACAAACAAAUGUUUUGAUAAUUUGAAUUUUACUUUAAAUAAAAGUGAAAAAAAAAUAAUGUAACGAAUUCUUUUUAAAUAAGAAGCAAGAUUGUUCUCGCUUUUAAGAGAAAAAAAAAAGGAAAAAAAUUAUAUAUAAAAAUCAAGUUUAGUUUGUAUGUAACAUAGAAAAGAAAAGAAAAAAAAAUUAUUAUUAAAAAAAAAAAAAAAAAAGAUAAUUACAUCUAUUUAAAUAUAUAAGAUAUAUUUUCUAUAUUUGAUGUUCAAGUUUUAGAGGUGUAACUGCAAGGUGUAAUAAAGCAAAAAUACAAAAUAACAUAAUUUAAAUAAUAAAUUUAAAUUGUAAAAGAAAAAAUAGCAAGUUGGGGUUGUCCCUCCUUCAUCAAGCAUGACGUCUCACGAGGUUGGUGGGCACGGGGGGUUUGAUGAUAAACAAAAAAAUAAAAAAUAAACAACAACAACAACAACAGGGAGAUAAAUGUUAGAAAAAUAUAAUUAAAAAAAAAAUAAAAUAUAAAAACAGUAAGCGAGAUGCCUUGGAAACAGUACAAAGGGUGGUUAGAUGAAUGUAAAAUGUUU